ACCGGAAGUGAAUGCACAACGGAGCAGAAUGUACAUAUAUUUCGCCUCCCAAGACUUUACACAUUUCCUCUUUGCUUUUCGUUCGGGUUCAUCUUGCGCUUUAUCAGUUGAAUCACUUUGAACAUUGGUUUGAGAUGUUGAGGUGUUGGCCGAACUUUUUACCCCAAAGUCAAACAACUUAAUUUGCUUCGUCAUUUGUUGUAAAACAAACACACGGCGCACCACGCACCCACCGUAGUGUCGUAUCAGGUGGCGUGUCUUGUACUUGCUGCGGCUGCAGCUAGACCACUGGAAGGAACACACCGUGUCCUGUUUCACCGGCUUAAUACAGGUAUCAUCACUGCUCAGGAAGUGAAACUCAGACACUCGCUGCCACUGAGAGGAGAAAUGGCGCAGAAAGGAGUUCAGCUGGACCGGGAAACCUUCUCUUGUCCGAUCUGUCUGGAUCUACUGAAGGAUCCGGUGAGCACUCCCUGUGGACACAGCUACUGCAUGAAGUGUAUUAAAGGCUUCUGGGAUGGAGAGGAUGAGAAGAAGAUCCACAGCUGCCCUCAGUGCAGGCAGAGCUUCACACCGAGGCCUGUCCUGCUGAAAAACACCAUGUUAGCAGCUUUAGUGGAGGAGCUGAAGAAGAAGACUGGACUCCAAGCUGCUCCUGCUGAUCUCUGCUAUGCUGGAGCUGAAGAUGUGGCCUGUGAUGUCUGCACUGGGAGAAAACGGAGAGCCUGUAAGUCCUGUCUGCAGUGUCUGGCCUCUUAUUGUGACAAACACCUCCAGGGUCAUUAUGACGUAGCUCCAUUAAAGAAACACAAGCUGGCGGAGCCCUCCAAGAAGCUCCAGGAGAACAUCUGCUCUCGUCACGACGAGGUGAUGAAGAUGUUCUGCCGCACUGAUCAGCAGAGUAUCUGUUAUCUCUGCUCUGUGGACGAACACAAAGGCCACGACACGGUGUCAGCUGCAGCAGAGAGGACUGAGAGGCAGAGAGAGCUGGAGGGGAGUCGACAAAACUUCCAGCAGAGAAUCCAGGACGGAGAGAAGGAGGUGAAGCUGCUUCAGCAGGAGGUGGAGGCCGUCAAUGGCUCUGCUGAUAAAGCAGUGGAGGACAGUGAGAAGACGUUCACUGAGCUGAUCCGUCUCAUGGAGAAAAGAAGCUCUGAUGUGAAGCAGCAGGUCAGAUCCCAGCAGAAGAGAGAAGUGAGUCGAGUCAGAGAGCUCCAGGAGAAGCUGGAGCAGGAGAUGGUUGAGCUGAAGAGGAGAGACGCUGAGCUGAAGCUGCUGUCUCACACAGAGGAUCACAACCAGUUUCUGCACAGCUACCCCUCACUGCCAGCCCUCAGUGAAGCUACACACUCCUCCAGCAUCAACAUCCGUCCUCUGAGCUACUUUGAGGACGUGACGGCGGCCCUGUCAGCAGUCAGAGACAAACUACAGGACGUCCUGAGAGAGGAAUGGACAAACGUUGCACCGACUGAAGUGGAAGUUUUACUGUCAGCAGCAGAGCCCACCACCAGAGCUGGGUUCUUACAAUAUUCACAGGAGAUCACACUGGAUCCAAACACAGCAAACACACGGCUGGUAUUUUCUGAGGGGGGCAGAAAAGCAACACGCAUGAAACUACAUCAGUCUUAUUCUAGUCACCCAGACCGAUUCACUGAUUGGCCUCAGGUCCUGAGUAGAGAGAGUCUGACUGGACGUUGUUACUGGGAGGUGGAGCGGAGAGGGGGAGGAGUUUAUGUAGCAGUCACAUACAAGAAUAUCAGUAGAGCAGGGAGUGGGACUGAAUGUUUCUUUGGAUACAAUGACAAAUCUUGUUCCUUAGAGUGUUUCCAAAACAGUUAUUCAUUUCGUUUCAACAGUAUCAUCACUCCCGUCUCAGGUCCUCUGUCCUCCAGAGUAGGAGUGUACCUGGAUCACAGAGCAGGUAUUCUGUCCUUCUACAGCAUCUCUGAAACCAUGACUCUCCUCCACAGAGUCCAGACCACAUUCACUCAGCCGCUACAUGCUGGAGUUUGGCUUGGUUUUGAUCAUGGAGCCACAGCUGAGUUUUGUAAACUGAAAUAGCCUGUAAUUUGAGGAACUCUUCUACUUCCUAAACUCAUUGUGUGUCCAUCAUUGUUCCUGAGAGCUGAUUGUUCUUGUCUUCACUGCAUCGAUGCAUUUAUAUUUAGUUAUUUCUCUUUUAAUGCCUGAGUCUUUAGAGAGAAAGCACCAGAGCUUUUUUCAUUGUCUACCUCAUGAAGCUGACUGAGAGAAGCCAAGAGUGUGCAAAGCUGUUAUCAAGGCAAAAGGGGGCUACUUUGAAGAAUCUAAAAUAAAAAUCAUAUUCUUGCA